AUGUUGUGUACUGCGCCCACUGACCACCGCAUCUAUCCGCCCUGGUCCGCGUGUCCUUCCUCUCCCUCGCCGCCCCCUGAUUUGCCCACUUCUCUGCUGGGGACCUUUUACCCCCUCCUACAAAAUCUCUGCGCCUUCAUCGCCGCUGCCGCCAACACAAGUCCCGAAUUCGUCUGUGAUCUUAAAUCCUCAGCUGCCUCCCCCCACACUCUCUUCCUUCCCUGCCUAAAAUCGGCUCUCUCUCUCUUACCCUGA